AUAAACAGAGAGAGAGUCACCCCCUUGGCAGUUUCUUCAUUUUUUUUUGAGACAUUUUAUCAAUUCGUUCGCCCUGACGACAUGCGCUGCUAACCCAGUUGGGGACACAUCACACAUCUGUGGGAUCUAAAAAAAGGAAAAAAAACUCAUCUGCCCUUUUCGCCACACACAUGUGUGCAACAAGUUCAUCUGGAAAGACCUUCCGUCGCUCCUCGUGUCUCCACCGCAUUUAACAAAAUGCACCGCGACGUGUUAGAAAAGGAGCGGCUGAUGCAAAGGCAUGAGAAGCAUGUGAAGAAUAAAGUGGUCGAUAAUGUAAUAACUGAUGUGACGUGCCUAGGGCAGGGCAAAACGUACCUCCGGAAGAGCGAAGCCGCGUUCGAGGACUUCAAAAUCAGGGAGGGGGAAAAACUCAAGUCCCUCGUCAAAAUUGAAAAUAGGCGGAAGGAGAACCUCCAAAGAAAUGAAGAGCGGUGGAAACUCGCGGAAGUGAAUGCACAGAAAGAGAAGGACAAAACCCGCGCGCUGCAAAAUAUGCCAUUCAAAAGCGAGAAGAAUAAGACCAAGUGCCACCACGACAUCAUCAACCAUGGGUACCUCAAUUAUGACGAGUCAAUAAAAAUGGAAAUGAAAAAAAAUGUAACAAUUGAGGAGCGAGGCAGGGCGUGCUGCGCGAAGCGGCUUGCUAUCCCCUCAUGGAGGGGGGAAAAAACAAAAUGCGCACGCACAUAUGUGUAUACCUACGUGCGAGCCUCUCCUCUGUGUUCCCCCCUUUUGCAGAUUUGCGUGAAUAACAGGAGAAGCUACUUAUCCCAGAAGAUGAGCGGCUCGUACAACCCCAUCACCGGUGUGUUCAUUUGCUUCUCCACGGGGGGCGGCAGCGGGGUGAGCGCUUCUUACUCGGGGUGGGUCCUCCCCACUUGCAGCCAUUUGAACAGCUCACACGAUGAGGAGGGCUAA